UAAAUAAUAAAAACCAAAGGAUUCAAACUUCUGCUUUGUCAUUAUUAAUCAGAAUUGGAAGAAAGAUGGCCAUGGCUUUGGAAAAGGAGUACUUGGAUUUGGUAUUGGUCCCAAUUGGGCUUCUGAUAAUGUUUGCUUACCAUCUCUUCCUGCUCUACAGGUAUCUUCAUCACCCUCUCACCACAGUGAUGGGUUAUGAGAACCAGGACAAGAAAGUUUGGGUUGACAAAAUCAUGCAGGCUGAUAAUAAAAAGCAAGUUGAUACAGCUCUGAAUGUUAUUGCCUCAAGCACAAGUGCAGCUAUUUACUUGUCAACAAUUUCUUUAUCAUUUUGUUCUCUAAUUGGAGCUUGGAUUGCAAACUCUACCAGUAACUUUUUUCCAAGCGACAUCAUAUAUGGAAACACAAGCCAAUCUAUCAUUUCCAUCAAGUAUAUAGGGCUUUUGACUUGCUUCCUCAUUGCCUUUUCAUGCUUUAUCCAUUCGGCUAGGCAUUUUGUACAUGCAAACUACCUAAUCAGCACACCAGGAGAUAUGGUGCAAGUGAAAAAGGUGGAGGAAGAAGUUAUAAGGGGAGGGGAAUUUUGGUCACUGGGGCUUAGAGCUUUGUAUUUUGCUCUUAAUCUGCUGCUUUGGUUUUUUGGACCCAUACCCUUGUUUAUUUCCUCUGUCAUUAUGGUUGUGAUCUUGCAUUACCAUGAUUCGAAGAAGCCGGAUUAAUCUUGGGUAUUUUGAUCAUCAAGUUUGCCCAGAUAAUAUGUACCCAAUAAAAUAUUUCGUACGUAUAUUGAUACAAAAUAUUGUAUAUUUUGUUGUUAUAAAGAUUAAUCCUAAUGGUUAAA